UCUGCCCUGAAUACCCACUUAUUUAAUGGAGAAACAAGAAGAGGGAACUGAACAUUCAUGCCAGUUCGUAUAGCUAUAUUCCAUGAUGGAAAUCUUCUUGGCUCUGUUUCUGGCUGCUCUCUUCUUCUUGUGCUUUGUCACCAUACUCAUCCUCAACCGCAACAGCUUUCCUCUACUUAGAAUCUCAAGAUUCAGAGCGAGACCACCCCUCCUUCCUAUGGGCUCUUUGGGUUGGCCUCUUAUUGGCGAAACGAUCGAGUUCAUUUCUUGUGCUUACUCCAAUCACCCCGAGUCCUUCAUGAACAAACGUCGUCGUGUAUAUGGGAAGGUGUUUAAGUCCCACUUAUUUGGGACCCCGACAAUCGUUUCGACAGAUGCAGAGGUGAGCAGAUUCAUCCUCCAGAGCGACGCAAAGACCUUUGUGCCCUCCUACCCGAAAUCCCUCACUGAGCUGAUGGGGAAGUCCUCCAUUCUGCUUAUCAAUGGAAGCUUGCACAGGAGAAUCCAUGGCCUCAUCGGGGCCUUCUUCAAGUCCCCGCUCCUCAAAGCUCAGAUCACCAAAGACAUGGAAAGAUUCGUUGGGGAAUCAAUGAGAAGUUGGACCGAUGGCCGCCCUAUAUAUAUUCAGGACGAAGCAAAAAAUAUUUCUUUCCAGAUCCUCGUCAAGGCAUUGAUUAGUAUAGAUCCAGCUGAGGACAUGGAGUUCCUAAAGCAACAGUUUCAGAAGUUCAUCUCAGGCCUCAUGUCCCUCCCGUUAAACUUACCCGGGACCAGACUCCACAGAUCUCUACAGGCGAAGAAAAAGAUGGCCGGGUUAGUGCACAGGAUCAUUAGAUCCAAAAGGGAAAGAGGCAUCCCGAUGGUCUCGAGCGACGUGGUGGAUGUUCUGCUCAAUGACUCGAACGAGCAGCUAACAGAUGAUUUAAUUGCCGAAAAUGUGAUCGAUAUGAUGAUCCCGGGAGAAGAUUCAGUGCCUAUUCUCAUCACCCUGGCAGUGAAAUACCUCUCCGACUGUCCUGCUGCUCUUCAGCAAUUACGGGAAGAAAACAUGGAGUUGAAGAGAAGCAAUGAUCGGCUCGGGGAACAAUUAUGCUGGACCGACUACUUGUCCCUACCAUUCACCCAGUCCGUGAUCACGGAAACGUUGAGGAUGGGAAACAUCAUAAUCGGAGUGAUGAGAAAGGCAGUGAGGGACGUAGAGAUAAGGGGGUACCUGAUCCCGAAGGGAUGGUGUGCCUUUGCGUACUUUAGGUUGGUCCAUCUCGACGAGAGCCACUAUGACCGGCCCUACGAGUUCUAUCCGUGGAGAUGGCAAGACAAGGACACGAGUAGUUGCAACUUUACUCCCUUUGGAGGAGGACAAAGAUUGUGUCCUGGGCUGGAUUUAGCCAGGCUGGAAGCUUCCAUCUUCCUUCACCACCUUGUCACCCAAUUCAGCUGGGUAGCGGAGGAAGACAGAGUGGUUAAUUUCCCAACAGUAAGGAUGAAAAGGAAAAUGCCGAUUUGGGUCAAAAGCAGCAGAUUAGAGUCCUAAUAAUGUGGCUUUAAUUAGUCGCAUGUAAUUCCAAUUGGCUGAUGAUUUACCAGAGAAAGAAAAUGCAAAUCAAACAUGGAAAGGGACGGAGGAAAAGCGAAAAGGGAUUAAGGGAAUCUUGGCUUCAAAGGAGCACACUCGUGUGGGGAGCAGCUGAGCUCACGCUCCUGAAUUCUUUUUCGACUACAAAGUAAGUCGAAGAUCUAGGUAAAUAUAUAUAUAUAUAUAUAUAUAUAUUAAAUAAAAAAGCACGAGAAUUACUACAGGCAAGAGUCAAAUUUCAACACCGCAAUGUAUGUCACUGCAAUAUAAUUCCUUUCUCACUUAGGGUCUUUUGCUUUCCAUUUCCUUUUUCCAAUAAUAAAAUUUGUCUUUGUUAUUUGCUCUAAGCUGUCUCUGAUAAUCAUAGAUUGUAAUGUCUUCUUAAUUAGUUAUUUACACGUGUAGAAUAGGCUUAUUAAAUGUCUCAAGUCUAUCUUCAUGUGUACAAGUAACAGAUGGAUCAAGUGUAUAUUAUUCCAGCAUUACAGUGUCAACAUUAGUGUUGAUUUUACCUUA